AUCUAUGGUCUUUCCUACUGUCGCUAUUUCGCUCUACAGAUUUGAAAUUUGAAACGGCUUGUUCAACGUUAUUCAGCAUUAUCAGCAAUGGAUGUCCCAGGUCCUGAAAGCGACUGGAGAAGUACAGCCUUUCGACAGAAAGUAGUGGCUCAAAUAGAGGAUGCUAUGAGGAAAGCAGGAACUGCUCACACAAAGUCCAGCACUGACAUGGAGAACCAUGUUUUUGUAAAGGCAAAGACCCGAGAGGAGUAUUUGUCUUUGGUUGCCAGGCUGAUAAUUCAUUUUAGAGACAUUCAUAAAAAGGCACAAGGGGGUCCAGACCCCAUGAAUGCCCUGCAGAAUUUAACAGGAGUUGGUGGAGGUGGUCCUGGUGUCAUUGGCAUUGGACCGCGCCCACCUGGUGCACCUAUGGGUGGUAUGGGAUCCAUGGGGCAAAUGCAGAUGGGUCAACUUUCCAUGCAGGGGGUAGCAGGAGGCCAGCAGGCUGGAGCUGCUGGGCAGAUGCAAAUGAUGCAACAGCAGCAAUCCAUCCAAUUUCAGCAGUUCCCAACACAGCAGCAGUCAUCCAUGCAGACUCAGCAACAAACAACUAUGCAGCAGAAUUCCAUACAGCAGCAGUUCAAUCAACAGGUCCAACAGAUGAAGCUCCAGCAGCAACUCCAACAGCAGCACCAUCAGAAUCAACAACUGCAGCAUCAGAAUCAGCAACAGCAGCAGACCCAGAAUCAGCAGCAACAACAGAAUCAGUUGCACCAAAACAGAAUCCAGCAACAGCAGUUAGCACAACUCCAGCAGCAACUGCAACAACAACAACAACAACAACAACAGCAGCAGCAACAACAGCAGCAGCAGCAACAACAACAACAACAACAGCAGCAGCAGCAGCAACUGCAGCAACAACAGGCUCAGGCUCAUGCUCAAGCUCAGGCACAAGCUCAGGCUCAAGCCCAAGCUCAAGCCCAAGCCCAAGCUCAAGCCCAGUCUCUUCAACAAAUGCAGCAGCAACAGCAGCUUCAAGCCCAGGUUCAGGCUCAAGUCCAAGCCCAGGCACAAGGUCAAGCUCAGGCUCUAGCCCAGGCACAGGCUCAAGGAGUGGCAGGUCAGAUGCCCCCUCACUCACAGCAGCAAGUCUUGGCCCAACUGGCUCAAGGACCGCAUCAACAAAUUAACUCACUGAGCCAACAGCAGCAACAACAGCUGAAGGCGAUGCAGCAAGUGAGAGUUUUGCAACAGCAGCAGCAGCAACAGCAGCAGCAACAGCAGCAGCAGCAGCAACAACAACAACAACAAGUUCAUCAGGUCCAUCAGGGAGCCCAGCUUUCAGCAGUCUCAGGCCAGAUGAUGCCCCGUCCUGGGAUACAAAUUCCACCCCGGUUGCCCCGUGCCACCCCGAACUCUGCCAUUCCUCCAAACCCAGUUGCCAUGGGAGGACAGCAAAUGCCACAGGGUUCGCAAAUGAUAUCAUCACCCUCUCCAGUUCAGGUGCAGACACCCCAGUCAAUGCCUCCUCCCCCACAGCCUCAGCCCUCCCCCCAGCCCCCCUCUCAACCGAACUCUGUCAGUUCUGGUCCAACUCCUUCCCCAGGAGGUUUCCAACCCAGUCCCUCUCCACAGCCUUCCCAGAGUCCCGCUUCUUCCCGCACCCCUCAGAGUUACCCCCUCCAGGUACCCUCACCUGGACCUCUCAACACACCAGGCAAUCCAAGCUCUGUGAUGAGCCCAGCAGGAGCCUCGCAGUCUGAGGACCAGCUAUACAUGGACAAACUAAAGCAGCUGUCGAAAUAUAUUGAGCCACUGCGCAGGAUGAUUAACAAAAUUGACAAAAAUGAAGAUAGGAAGAAGGAUCUGAGCAAAAUGAAGAGUUUGCUUAAUAUUCUGACUGACCCAAACACAAGGUGUCCUCUUAAGACUCUACAGAAGUGUGAAAUAGCAUUGGAGAAACUGAAGAAUGACAUGGCCGUGCCCACUCCUCCACCGCCUCCAGUGCAGUGUACCAAAAAGCAGUACCUGUGCCAACCGCUGCUGGAUGCCGUCAUGGCAAACAUUCGCUCCCCGGUUUUCAACCAUUCACUUUACCGCACAUUUGCUCCUGCCAUGACAGCAAUUCAUGGACCACCAAUCACCGGCCCCUCAAUUCCUUCCCUUAAACGAAAGUUUGAGGAUGACAACCGUCAGACCAUCCCCAACAUACUUCAAGGGGAGGUGGCUCGGCUUAAUUCCCAAUUCCUGGUAAAUCUGGACCCAUCCUUCUGCAGCAACAAUGGAACUGUACAUCUAAUAUGCAAACUAGAUGAUAAAAAUCUUCCCAGUGUUCCACCUCUUCAACUGAGCAUUCCAGCAGACUACCCUGAUCAGAGCCCCCACUGGGAAGAUGAUGGCCAGCAGUAUGAGGCCAACCAGUUCUUGCAGACUGUGCAUAAGAACAUGACCUCUAAGCUUCUUCAGCUUCCAGAUAAGCACUCAGUGACGUCUCUGCUGAACACCUGGGCUCAAAGCGUCAGGCAGGCUUGCCUUUCAGCUGCUUAAGAGAUACGUUUCCUGAUCAUCACCAGCAGCCCAAUAUAAUCCAUGCACCUCCUUGGCACAAUGGCAAUAUAUGAAUGAUUUGUUCUUUGUGUUUCUUUUGUCUUUUUUAUUUACCAUUUUGUUUAGUCCAAUACACUUAAGCCUUAAAGUUUGUGCAUUGCUUUAUCAAUAAAGUCAUCUUGAAUGC